CGAAUUGAUAUCACCAGUUGCAAUCCAUUAUUUUCGGUAAACGGUCUCAAACUUAAGGCUGUCCAAAAUGAUUAAAUUGGUUUUCACAUUUACACUUUACAUGGUACUGCUCAAUAACGUUGUGCUCGGUGGAAAAAACGUUGUAUGCUACCUGGGUACAUGGGCCAACUACCGCCCUGGAGAUGGAAAGUUCGCAGUGAGCAACAUCGAUCCAACAUUGUGUACCCACUACAUCUACUCAUUUUUCGGAGUAAACAACGAUGGAACGAUAGCUAUUUUAGAUUCUUGGUUAGACCUACCAGAUGGCUUGAAUUUUAUCGCACAGUUUAACAACCUCAAGCAAGCUAAUCCUGCAUUGAAAACGUUGGCAGCCAUUGGUGGCUGGAACUUGGGAUCGGCUAAAUUUUCAACAGUUGCCAAAGACGCCACGCUGAGAAGCACCUUUGCUACACAGGCACGAAUUUUCUGUCAAAAAUAUGGAUUUGAUGGAAUUGAUAUUGACUGGGAAUAUCCGGCUCAACGGGAUGGUGACCGAUCUGUUGACAAAGCGAAUUUCGUUCUCAUGUUAAAUGAUCUGGAACAAGAAUUCAGUAACUAUGGGCUUCUGUUAACUGUGGCAGUGGCAGCAGCUGCUAAUUCUGCCGCAAUUUCGUAUGAUAUUCCCGGAAUAUCCGCCGUUGUUGACUACAUAAACUUAAUGGAGUAUGAUUUUCAUGGUUCUUACGACGGUAUAACCGGUGAAAAUGCUCCAUUGUAUGCUGGACCGGCAGAUAUAACUGCGACACAACAACAACUUAAUGUUGACAGUAGUGUUAAAUAUUGGCUAAAUCAAGGAGCUCCGGCAUCAAAACUGAACCUAGGAAUGCCAUUGUAUGGUAGAACAUACACCCUGUCUGAUGUCAAUCAAAAUGGUAUUGGAGCACCAGUUUCUGGUGCCGGGACUGCCGGUCCAUACACACAGGAAGCAGGAUUUAUGGGCUAUAACGAGAUCUGCGAGAACCAGCUUACUGGUGCAUGGACGGAUGUUUGGUACAAUGUCCAAAUGGUUCCUUAUGCUUACAACGGAAACCAAUGGGUUGGUUAUGAUAAUGCUCGAAGCAUUUUAGCGAAGUGCAACUUGAUAAAAACGUAUGGUUUAGCUGGAGGUAUGUUCUGGUCCAUAGAUACCGAUGAUUUUCUUGGAAAGUGUGGUACUAAAUUCGAAUUAACCACCGCUCUGAAAAAUUGUCUAGCAUCUUCUAACAAUCCAACAACUACAACCGCUAAAACCACAACACUAUCUUCCACCACUCAAGUUCCUGUAACAUCGACAACCUCUACUGCCGCUGUAGUUACAACGACUACUUCCGGUACAUUUGUCUGCCAAGCAACUGGCUAUUUCAGAGACCCUGUUAACUGUAAUAAGUACUACUAUUGCUCUGGUACAUACCGUUAUGAUUUCAAUUGUCCUGGCGGCUUGUUUUUCAACACGCAAUAUAAUUAUUGUGAUUAUCCUUAUAAUGUUCCGUGCCCAUAAUGAAACAUGGCAGAACAGAAAACAAGUUAUCAAUACGACGUUGAUACAUAGCA